UUGGGGGUUAUAAUGGUUGAACUCUUAUUUCUUCUUUCUUUUUUGGUAGAACUACAAAGUAAUUGUAUUCAUAUAUAUCUUGAGAACAAAAUAGUGAAAUAUGGGGUGAAUUUUAUUUCAUUACUUUUCAAGAAACCAGUUUCAUGGUUGUCUUUCAUCGCCCCACCACUAAACCCUCUAAAAGAGGUUCAAGAUCAAGAUCUUGGUCAACAAGAAUCUUUAGGAGACAUCGAAAUAUCUACGACCAGUGAUGAGAUUGUCACAGAUAAAGACGAAGACGAUGGAACAAUCCCUGAUGAGGAAAGCUACAUAGAGCUCUCUUUGCCAAGCGGCCACUACGUUGGCCAACACUUCAGUAAGAAGACUGGACAUCAAGAUUUCGGACUUAUCCAACUAUUAGCCGAGUAUGAAGACGAUAAUCUAAUCGAAAUAGAUAUUUCCGUCGGAUCCGUCAAGUGUUACACGUUCCAGAUCAAAGCCUGAUUCAUCUUCAUAUAUUUUCUACAACUUGGGUGUAAAGUAAUUGCCGUAAACAGUUACAAAAAAAAAGAAAGUAAUAUUGGGUAUUUUUUUUUGUUUUUUUGUAAACCAAGUAAUUGCGGUAUUUUUGCAGGUCAGAAGUGCUCUGUGUUUUUGUUGUUCUAGAUCUCUUCAGUCUUGUGGGGUUUUGCUAUUGAUAUAUAUUAGCUACAACAUU